UUGUGCUACAACGGCCGCCUCUGCAGCUAUGAACUCCGAAUCUGAACCAUCAGAGAAAAAGAAGAAGAAUUUGAAUCCAUCUCUUUCGUUAUUUUCUCUUCCAAAUGACAUCCUUCUGAACUGCAUAGCCCGGAUAUCACCAUCGUACUACCCUAAACUCUCUCUAGUCAGCAAGACCUUUGCCUCUCUCAUCUCAUCGUCCAAGCUCAAAGAUACUAGGUUUCUUCAAAAAACAUGUGAAAAAAUCCUUCUUGUCUGUUUUCAUUUUCCCACUAAAAGUCCUAGUCCUUCCUGGUUCAGUCUCUGGUUAAAACCUAACCAAGCCCUAACCAAUGACUUGGGGAAGAAGGAAGAGUCUACCGGGAAUGCUCUGUUAGUACCAAUACCCUCUUCUUAUUGUCGUCGUCCACCAACGUUCAUGUGUAAGGUUGGUUCAGAGUGCUACGCAAUCAAUCGAUACUGUAAUCCAUCUUUCGAUCUAUCGGUCACUAAACCAGGAACUGGCAUCUGGCGAAAAGUCCCCAAAAUGAUGACUGUGGCUCGAGAGGAUCCCAUUGCUUGUGUCCUUGAUGGGAAAAUAUACGUAAUGGGAGGUUGUAGCCAAGAAGAAUCCAAGAAUUGGGGUGAGGUUUACGAUACAAAGACUCAAACUUGGGAAUCUUUACCUGACCCUGGCUUCUACCUACGUGUUUCUACACUUAGGAAAAUGGAAGUGAUGGGGAAAAAGAUCUACGUUAUUAGCAGCAAGAAGAAUACGUAUCAUAUUUAUGAUACCAUAGAAGGUAGAUGGGAAGUUGUAGCACCCACGUUUGAGUGUAGUGUUGUGGUAGACAAUGUAAGGUACUGUUACACUGGUACAAAGUUUAUUUGGUACGAUAAGAAGCAUAAUGGCUCGAGAAGGGUCGACGGUUUGUCGGUACUGGAGAGGCAUUGCCGAGCUGGUAGUGGUCAUAUUGAAAUGGCUAACUACGGUGGGAAACUCUUGAUAAUUUGGGACGAGUUUGUGUAUAAUGCUCGUGAUCGCCAUGAGAAGACGAAUAUUUGGUGUGCUUUGAUUGCGUUUGAGAAGCGGAAUGGUGAUGAAGAAGUUUGGGCUAACGUUGAGUGGGCUAGUAGUGUGCUUACUGUUCCCCUUUCAUGUGUUUUAUUGCGUCAUGUGAUAAAAGCAGUUUGAUCAAGUAUAUAUGAUCAUGUUUUUUCUUAGUUAACAUACCGUGUUAUUAUACUCUUCUUGAUA